AUGGCUUCGUUCAACAUGAUCUCGUUAAACGCACAACAAAAAAGAGCGUUAGAAUUCGUUUCUGGGGGUCACAAUCUAGUACUGUUGGGUCCGGCAGGCACCGGUAAAUCCUUCUUGGUGAAUAGAGUUGUAGAAAUAUGUUCUACCAUGGGGAAACAAUGUGCAGUUACUGCCACAACAGGGAUUGCAUGUUCUGUGUAUCCUGCCCAACUCAAGCCAAUGACCAUACAUCGUUGGUCAGGGAUAGGUGAUGGUCGUUAUGACUCAUCUGAAAUGAAAAGAAUUGUGAAAAAUAACGUCCGUUAUAAAGACGUGAUGGACAGAAUUUUCAACACAGACGUUCUGAUCAUUGAUGAAUGCUCAAUGUUUAGUAAAAGACUACUUGAAACUUUGCAUGAAGUAUGUUCUUUAAAAAAUCCACAACUUUAUUUUGGUGGGAUCCAAGUAAUACUUGUUGGUGACUUCGUGCAACUUCCACCUGUGCCUUGUGCUACAUACAACGAGGAUGGUUCAUAUUGCUUUGAAAGUGAUAUUUACAGAGCAGCUUUCCCUCACCAUAUUAUUCUUAAAGAUGUUAUUAGACAGAAAGACAAAUUAAUGGUUGAGGCUAUCCGUGAAAUAUCUUUAGGUGAAGUUUCAAUCGACACUAUCUCUUUAAUCAAGCAAUUAACACGCCCGUUAAAUGGAGAAAGAAAUAAAACUUUUUGCAACUAA